ACACACACGCACAACAACAUCGACAACAGACAAACAACGGGUAAAACCCAUGAACUGGUUUGUCCAGCAGAUCUACAAUUUUACAUCUACACGACACCACAUCACAUCACAAAUUCACAAACAACUAAAAACCACCACAUUCACCUUAACACUUCUUCACCUUUCACUCCAAUUUCUUCAACUCUCUCUCUCUCUCUCUCUCUCUCUCUCUCUAAAACCAGUGCUAGAUCCCUUGCAAAAUCACCCAAAUCUUCAAUUUUGAACAAUACCCAUUUGCAAUCUUAGAUUGCAUUGUCAACGCCACACCCAAAAUCUCCAAUUCCCAUUUCCAAAAUCACCCAAAAUCUUCAAUUUUGAACACACCCAUUUGAAGUUUUCAUUGCAUUGUAAACAUAUAACACUAUAUAUUGUAAAAAAAAAAAAAAAAAUACAAUGGGCAAAGUUUCGAUUUUGAUAUACAUAACCGUAGCAGUGCUUAUUCUCUUUCUUAUCUCUUACUCUCCGAGUAAACCCUCAAACCACCGUCACCGCCGCCUAAAGCUCCGAUCAAACUUCACCUUCUCUCACCAAGUGCGUCCCCCUCAUGACCCCGUGCCGUUCGACCCCAUUGUCGCUGACCUCGAGCUCCGCCGCGAGGACCGUCACUGGGAGAGGCAGUACAUGGAACACGCUCACCCCGAGUUGGUUCAACAUGAAUCGGACUCGGCUCCCGGAGCUGAGUCACAGCCCGAGUGGGAGGACUUCGCGGACGCCGAGGAUUACUUGAAUGACGAGGAGAGGUUUAAUGUGACCGAUAGGUUGGUCGUGUUGUUUCCGAGGAUUGAUGCGGACCCGGCUGAUGGGUUUGUGACUGAGCACGAGUUGACUCAGUGGAACUUGCAGCAAGCUGAGAGGGAAGUGAUGCAUAGGACACAGAGGGAAAUGGAUGUGCAUGAUAAGAACAAAGAUGGGUUUGUCUCUUUUGCUGAGUAUGAGCCCCCCAGUUGGGUUCUAAAUGCAGAUAAUACUUCUUUUGGCUAUGAUAUGGGUUGGUGGAAAGAGGAGCAUUUUAAUGCAUCAGAUGCAGACGGAGAUGGUCUUCUGAAUAUAACUGAGUUUAACGACUUUCUGCACCCAGCUGAUACUAAAAAUCCAAAGCUACUUCAGUGGUUGUGCAAGGAGGAGCUAAGGGAAAGAGACACUGACAAAGACGGGAAGGUUAACUUUAAAGAAUUUUUUCAUGGGCUUUUUGACAUGGUGAGGAACUAUGAUGAAGAAGGUCACAAUUCUUCACAUCAAUUUGAUGAUUCAAUGGAGGGCCCAGCAAAAAAAUUGUUUGCUCAGCUUGACAAAGAUGGUGAUGGAUACUUGUCAGAUGUAGAACUACUACCUGUAAUUGGAAAACUUCACCCGUCAGAGAGUUACUAUGCGAAACAACAAGCAGAUUACAUCAUAUCACAGGCAGAUGCUGAUAAAGAUGGGCGUCUAACCUUGGCAGAGAUGAUUGAUAACCCUUAUGUAUUUUACAGUGCUAUAUUCAAUGACGAUGAGGACGAGGAUGACUAUGAGUACCAUGAUGAAUUCCGUUAAUUUCAUGCUAGGAUACAGGGAAAAGCUUUGGUAGAAUUCAAAAUUCUUUUGGCUAUAUAGUACUAGUAAGAAAAAGCUCCACGACCUUGACGUGAAUUUUGCUCUUCCAAAUUGCCAUUUGUGGUUAAUCGCCAUGUGGUCAUAAGUCAUCCUGUACCACCAGUUUUACCGUCAGAUAGUUCUUAGCGUCAUUGCUGUUCAUUAGAUAUAUAUGAAUGUCAGCCCACUGUGAAGGGUGAUUUACACUAGAUUGAUAGCUGGAAUAUUAAUUUUAUGGCACACAGUUGUUAGAUAUUCUGAUUUUUUUUUUUUAAUAUUCUUGGGGUUUUUACUUUUUUAAGGCUUUGUUACUCUGCAUAUUUUAUCAAGUUGAGUUGUACAUGUAUGAUAUUAUAAAAACAUUUAUCUCCA